GUGGCAGUUCCGCGCUGGGGAUGCUGAGCGGCGUCGGGGGUGAAAUCGAACCGGCCUCGCUUCGCCACUGCGGACUUGCGGGGUGCUUUGGGUGGUUAAGAACCCCUUAAGCCUGCUCCCGAAGCCGGACGCCGGGAGGAGAGACCGGCGCUCUUUGGAACCCAAGUGACAGCCCCGGAGCUCUAGAGCCUCCCCAGCGGGGUCCCCCGGUCUCGGCUGGUCCGUCUGUCUGUCCACUUGUCCGUCUGUCCGUCCGGACCCUUUUUUGGCUGCGCGGGUCUUCAGGGGAGCCGGGCUGGUUCCUUGCCCCCUUUUGCACCACCAUGAUCGUGGCGGAUCCCGAGUGCCGCGCCGAGCUCCAGACCUACCUGCCCAUCUCCCGUGGCGGCGGCGGCGGCGGCCCCCGGGCCGGAGAGAGAGAGAGCCGUGCUCGUCGAGGCCCCCGGGGGCCUAGUGCCUUCAUCCCUGUGGAGGAGGUUCUUCGGGAGGGGCCUGAGAGCCUCGAGCAGCACUUGGGACUGGAUGUGCUAAUGUCCUCAGGCCGGGUGGACAACCUGGCGGUGGUGAUGGGUCUGCACCCCGACUACCUCAACUGCUUCUGGCGCCUGCAUUACUUGCUGCUGCACACGGAUGGGCCCCUGGCCAGCUCGUGGCGCCACUACAUUGCCAUCAUGGCUGCCGCCCGCCACCAGUGUUCCUACCUGGUGGGAUCCCACAUGACUGAGUUUCUGCAGACUGGUGGGGACCCCGAGUGGCUGCUGGGCCUCCACCGGGCACCUGAGAAGCUGCGCAAGCUCAAUGAGAUCAACAAGCUGCUGGCACAUCGCCCCUGGCUCAUCACCAAGGAACACAUACAGGCCUUGCUGAAGACAGGGGAGCACAGCUGGUCUCUGGCAGAGCUCAUCCAGGCCCUGGUCCUGCUUACCCACUGCCACUCACUUGCCUCCUUUGUAUUCGGCUGUGGCAUCCUCCCUGAGGGCGGCCCAGAGGGGAGUCCUGCCCCCCAGGCACCUUCGCCCCCCAGCGAGCAGAAUAGCCCUCCCAGUAGGGAUUCAUUGAACAACUUUGGGGGCUUUGAGGCUGCCCGGGAUGUGGAAACUCUGAUGGAGCGGAUGCGGCAGCUGCAGGAGAGCCUGCUGAGGGAUGAAGGUGCAUCCCAGGAGGAGAUGGAGAACCGCUUUGAGCUGGAGAAGUCAGAGAGCCUUCUGGUGACCCCCUCAGCUGACAUCCUGGAGCCCUCUCCACACCCAGAUAUACUUUGUUUUGUGGAGGAUCCCACUUUUGGAUAUGAAGACUUCACUCGCCGAGGGACUCAGGCACCCCCUACCUUUCGUGCUCAGGAUUAUACCUGGGAAGACCAUGGCUACUCCCUAAUCCAGCGGCUCUACCCUGAGGGAGGGCAGCUGCUGGAUGAAAAGUUCCAGGCAGCCUAUAGCCUCACCUACAACACCAUCGCCAUGCACAGUGGGGUGGACACGUCCGUGCUCCGCAGGGCCAUCUGGAACUACAUCCACUGCGUCUUUGGCAUCAGAUAUGAUGAUUAUGACUAUGGGGAGGUGAACCAGCUCCUGGAGCGGAACCUCAAGGUCUACAUCAAGACAGUGGCCUGCCACCCCGAGAAGACCACUCGAAGAAUGUACAAUCUCUUCUGGAGGCACUUCCGCCAUUCAGAGAAGGUCCACGUGAACUUACUGCUCCUGGAGGCCCGUAUGCAGGCCGCCCUGCUCUACGCCCUGCGUGCCAUUACCCGCUAUAUGACCUGACUCGGGAGCAGACCUGGAGCUUCCUCCUCUCCCCAAGGACUUUUCUGUGUGGAGACAGCCCCCCUCCUCUCUUCCACACUCACCCCACCAAACUCUGGGGAUUGGCUUGUGUGAUAUGCUGCCCCCCAAGCCACACCCUGCUUUUUCUCCCUGGAACAGACUGGACUGAAUCAUUAUAUGGAAAAUGGGAGUUCAGCUCUGCCUGGGGGAGCUGGAGAAAGAUUGGAAAGAUCCCAAGAGAUCAGACCCUUCCUGACCCCAAGGGCAGAAGGCACCAGGAGGAAAACGGACUGAAGUCAUUGUUGGAUGCCAGCAGCUAAACCCCAGAUGCAACCAAUACUGUUCCCUUCCGGGACCAGGAUGUCUCUGGCAGGCCCCUAACAAGGAGCCACCUCUGGGGACUCACACACUCCAUCAACUUUGCUUUUCUUCCUCCCACAUUCCAGACUCCGUUAAUCUCUCACCUGCCAUUCACCCAUCAAUGUGAAAGUCAGGGGCACAGCUGGUCUGUGUGUCUGAUUCCACCCCACCCCAUCUCCCAGCACCAAUUCUGCUGAACAUCCUGUAGACCAUUACUUCCUGGUUGCCCCAGUCCCAGUCAACUUUUCUCCCCUGCCCUCUGCCCCUCCUCUCCCAUGCUUAGUAGUGGAAGGCCCCAGAGAAGACCAAGCACAUCCAAGAAGAUGAUCUCAGCAGAAUUUGAGCUCUUGAUCAUUUUGCCUUCCAAAGAGGGAGCAUUAUCCUUUGUAUGUUGGUUCCUUAUAGGUGAGGUUCUUCCAAGCCUCAUUCUGUGCCAUAGUCAAUGCCUGAGAGGAGGAUAGGGGAAGAAAUCUCAGAUCUCUACCUGCCUUGGGGAGCCUGGCUCCCCAAUCUCCUUUUCUCACAUCUCUGCCACAUACACGUGCCAAAAAGUCAAACCUUUCUAGAUGGCUCCAUGGGAGAGGCAGGAGACCCUAAGCUUCCUGUUUAGGUCCUGCCACUGGCCUAGUGACCCCUGCCUCAUUGCCAAACCUUUUUGACCUCAUUUCCCCAAUUGCAGUCUGGAGCCAGCCAUUUUAAGUUUUUAGUGACAUCUGUGGCUCGGUUUAGCUGAUUCUUGGGCCAUCCUGCCAACUAUGACUGCAUGUCUCAUGAGACCUUGAAGGCCUCUGGGGAGCCUCCAGCUCUCUGUCAAUCUCUCCUGACUACCUCUUAGGGACCCCUCCCCCCCACCUCCUUCCCAUUUUCUCUUCCCUUCCUCAAGUGUAGGUGGAUUUCUUGGAGGACAAGCACCCAAGGGCCCAUCCCAGGCACUUUCUGUAGCAAACAAGCUGUGAAUUAUGACUCCUUUGACCUCCUAACAGCAGUCUGCUCCUCACAGCCUGGUUUGGAGGAGACUUCUGCAAGGCAAGGGUUAAUCUGCUCCUCUGACCCUCCUUGGGCUGGGGCAGAAGAGGAGCCUGGUCAGUUUGCCACAUUUCGUACCCAUGCAGGCAUGGGGAAGUGACUGGCCAUCCCUGCAGAGAAGCUGGACAGGCGGAAGAGGCCCCGGCCCUCAGUUUUAGACUAGAGUAAGGAGACAGGAGGUCUUGUCUGUGUUCCCUGGAGGAUGGGCAGGGUAUCCAGUGUUCAAAUACAAAAGUCUCUGUCUUUGCUAUCAGCUAUAUAUGAAGACAAAUAA